AGCUCGUCGCCUUCCCGUCUUCCACAAGCUGAGCUCACACGUUCCCUGCCGCUCGCUCUCUCUAUCCCUCCACACACACAUCCCAAUUCGUCUCCCCCCAUUGCCAUUGCCAUCUCCCUCUUUCCACUUGCUGCAGGUCCCCUCCGCUCUGAACAAUCGCCGCCGCCAUUUCUCCAGUUUUAUUUAAUUUCCUCGUCCUGUAUCUUCCACGGAGACCCACCCGGGAUCCCAGAAAAGUUGCGCCCUUUGCACGUCUCCCAGCCCCGACCGAGACCGCAAGAACGCCUUAAUUUCAAUCCCGUGAUUUCCGAGAACCAAAAGCCGACCUUCCAAUCUUCCUUGGAUACUUUUCGGUUCUUGGGAAGGAACUGCACAGUUGCCUUCACCUGGUGGUGCCGACAAGCAAUGGGGAGGAAGUGCCACGCCGCGGUCGCGCUGGCCGUGGCGUUCGCGGCAGCGGCCGCGGUCGCCGUCGCUGCCGACCGGAGGCUGUCGCUGGUUCGCGCCGCGGUGGCGCCGGAGGAGGAGAUGAGCCUGUUCCGGAAGGUGGCCAAUCUGAUGUGGAAGAGCGACGGCAACUCGUACCAGCACGUGUGGCCGACAAUGGAACUUGGAUGGCAAAUUGUGCUGGGCUCGCUGAUCGGAUUCUUCGGUGCGGCAUUCGGGAGCGUUGGCGGAGUUGGUGGCGGUGGGAUCUUUGUGCCGAUGCUGACACUCAUCAUUGGGUUUGACCCAAAAUCAUCUACUGCGAUAUCAAAGUGUAUGAUUAUGGGAGCGUCUGUUUCAACUGUUUACUAUAAUCUCAAGCUAAAACAUCCGACUUUGGACAUGCCGGUGAUUGAUUAUGACCUAGCCGUGCUCAUUCAGCCUAUGCUAAUGCUUGGGAUCAGCAUUGGUGUUAUUUUUAAUGUCAUAUUUCCUGACUGGCUGGUCACAGUUCUCCUGAUAAUUCUUUUCCUAGGCACAUCCACAAAAGCCUUUCUGAAGGGCAUUGAGACAUGGAAGAAAGAGACAAUAAUCCAAAGGGAGGCUGCGAAACGUUUGGAGCAAAUUGCAGGUGAGGAAGCAGAGUAUGCACCACUUCCUACUGGACCAGGUGCGGCAGCAAACAAAAAAACCCUCUCAUCAGAUGAAGCGCCAUCACUUAUAAAGAACAUUCACUGGAAGGAGGUUGGUCUUCUCUCAUUUGUGUGGGUGGCAUUCCUUGUUCUUCAGGUCACAAAGAAUUACACUGCUACUUGCUCCCCAUGGUACUGGGUCUUGAACCUUCUCCAGGUUCCAGUGUCAGUAGGAGUGACACUGUAUGAAGGAUUUGGGCUGAUGAGUGGGAAGAGGGUGUUAUCUUCAAAGGGAAGUGAACAAACUACCAUGAAAUUUCAUCAGGUAGUUGUAUAUGGUCUAUUCGGUAUAGCUGCGGGACUAGUCGGUGGACUCCUAGGUCUCGGAGGUGGCUUCAUUAUGGGGCCACUGUUCUUGGAGCUUGGCAUCCCUCCCCAGGUUUCAAGUGCUACGGCUACCUUUGCAAUGAUGUUCUCAUCUUCCAUGUCGGUUGUCGAAUACUACCUCUUGAACCGGUUUCCAGUGCCUUAUGCUGUUUAUUUCACCAUUGUGGCGUUUGCUGCUGCCCUCAUCGGCCAGCACGCGGUGAGGAAGUUGAUCAACUGGUUAGGGCGGGCAUCGCUUAUCAUCUUCAUACUGGCCUUCAUGAUCUUUGUCAGCGCGCUUUCUCUUGGUGGGGUUGGCAUCUCUAACAUGGUUCACAAGAUUGCACGACAUGAGUACAUGGGGUUUGAGAACCUUUGCAAGUACGAUGCAUAGGAAGCAGGAAGGUUGAAGAUGUGAGUUAUGUAGUGUGCAGUUCUCCGCAAGCAGAAGUGGGACAUAAUUCAAGGAUCAAAAGGUUUCCAUGAUUCGAUUUUGGUGCAUAGGACUGAAGAGAUUCUAGCUGCGACAGCUCCGAAGGGAGGCUAGCUGCAUAGAUUGGUUUCAGAUGAAUUUUGGAGCAUGUUUUCGGUGGUCUCUAGUUUCCAGUUUAAGUCAACUAAACCAAGUGUCAUCACUUUGUAUGUAUUUUCCUAACAAAUGUAGAGAUGACAUUCUGCCACGGCAGAAUGUCGUCAGUGCAUUUCGUGGUAGGAAAUGUACAUUGCACAUCUUCAGAUAACCAUCCUGCAAUAUGAAACCUUCAGAAAUCUGUGUUUCUAUGCUCACUAUAAGCA